GAAUACACUUCCGUUUGUGCUCGCUCAACUUCCUCUGUACUUCCUGGUGUACGGGAAAACUUUCCGCUAGUAAUUACUACCACUUCUACUACUUCUCAGUGUGGCGCAUAUUUUUAGUAUUUUACAAAAUGAAGAUAGUCACCUGGAAUAUAAAUGGUAUACGGUCGUUCAGAUGUGGGAUCAAAAAGACGCUUGAUGAGCUGGACGCGGAUAUCAUAUGCGUGCAGGAGACCAAAGUGACAAGAGACCUGCUCGAUGAGAGGAUUGCCAUCGUUGAUGGUUAUAACUCCUAUUUCAGCUUCAGUCGAGGACGCAGUGGCUACUCAGGUGUCGCCACUUAUUGUAAGGACAAUGCCACACCUAUAGCUGCUGAGGAGGGUCUCACCGGUCUGUUGACCAAUAACGCAGGGGGUAUUGGUUGUUAUGGUAACCACUCCGAGUUUACAGACGAGGAGCUGCAGCUUUUGGACAACGAAGGCCGAGCUAUCAUCACGCAACACAGAGUACAGUGUUCGGACAAAAUCCAAACUAUUACUGUGAUAAAUGUUUACUGUCCGCGAGCUGACCCGGAAAAGCCAGAACGAAGACAGUUCAAACUGCAGUUCUACAAGUUGCUUCAGACUCGAGCUGAGGCUAUGUUGAAGAACGGGAGCUCUGUAAUCCUUUUAGGGGAUGUAAAUACCUCUCAUCGGCCAAUAGACCACUGCGACCCGAAUGAAAUUGAUGACUUUGAGGACAACCCUGGCAGGAAAUGGCUGAACGUCUUUUUAAGGGAUGACAAACCGUCAGCCUCAGCAGAUUUCUCCCAUGGUGGCAAGUUUGUCGACACAUUUCGCUAUUUCCACCCCACUCGGACUGGCGCCUUCACGUGCUGGUCCACUCUGACGGGGGCUCGCCGUACCAACUACGGCACGCGCAUCGACUACAUCUUCGCUGACCAUCAGCUUGCAAAGGAGCAGUUUGUGGCGGCCGACAUCAUGCCGGAGGUGGAGGGCUCGGAUCACUGUCCCGUGUGGGGGGCUCUCCGGUGCAUUCUGCUGCCUGACUCCAAGCCGCCCCCUCUUGCUACCUGCUACCUGCCUGAGUUUGCCGGCAAGCAGCAGAAACUCUCACGCUUUCUAGUCAAAGUGGACCAGAAGUCAUGUCAAACUGAAUCGAAAGAGGCACUGCCUGGAUCUCAGGAAGAAGCUGAAAGGAGGGAGAAUAUAAAUGUCACGGGCACAAAGAGAAUCAUGAGGACAGAGUCUGUUAAGCAGAUGAGUAAAAAGGCCAAAACAGCAACGACUUGUUCAAAACCCCAGGGCAACCUUCUUGCCUUCUUUAAACCCAAAAAUGAAAAAGCACUUGGUUCCUCACAGAAUUCCCUCAAAGCGUCCCCAACACGGGAUGAGCUCACGCCGGAUGUCGUGUCACAGCUCCACAGCGCCACGCAAGACAAGACGACAAAAGGUGAACAUUUGAGUACACACGCGUGCAACCCACGUAGCGACAAAGGAGCAUCUUUCGGCUUUUGGAAGUCCGUACUUCACGGCCCGCCCCCGACACCUGCCUGCAAAGUUCACGGUGAGCCUUGUGUGCUGCGCACUGUCAAGAAAGAGGGGCCCAACAUGGGCCAGCAGUUCUUUGUGUGCGCCCGCCCUCAAGGGCAUGCUGCCAACCCAGAGGCUCGCUGUAACUUCUUUGCAUGGGUUGAAAGGGGCAAGUGAAAAAAAAAAAGGUGACUUUCCGAAUUUUUCACCAUUGGUCUACUUUCAAAUUACUCUUACUAGCCUGAAUAAAGUAAUGUUUUACAACAAUUCAGUGUUCAUUAUUCCUCAAAAGAGGUGGCAAAAGUACUCACAUUCUACUAAAAUUGAAGUAGGCUUGUAUAAAUCAGUAGUUAGAAGUGUAAAAUAAGUAGGAGGAGUGAUUUUACUCCGAUACUUUAGUGAAAAAAAGUAGACUUAAAUUUAUGUAUGAGUACAAAAUAUUUUUUUACCCUCAAUUAUUGUAGUUUUCAAAUGCAGAGAGUAAAAGGUGGUCAGAAAAAUAACAAAAAAUACGGACAUAAAGUACAGACGGCUGAAUAACUCAAAUGCAGUCACAAAGUAACUAUGCUUUUUUAUUUUCCAUAACUGUUCAUCAAUCUUAAUUUUCCUUUCAGCCAUAAUCCAGUACAUCUGAUGAGUGUUUAGUUGUGACAAUCAUCACAUCGGAUAACACAUUGAGCUACAAAUAAUCCACAGUGAAAAAAUGGUCAAACAAAA